UACAUACUACAACAGCAUACACGAAGCUAUAAAUAUUUUAAGGGGAAAAUUAAUUGUGUGUAAUUAAAAAUAAAAACAACAUAAGCAACAACAGAACUAAGAGUUUUGAGAGAGUAAAUAAAAAAAGAAAAAGAAAUGGCGAAUAUAUGGAUUCAUGUAACACCAUCCGAUUUGCAUCGUGCAAAGAUUGAAUACAAACCCGGUCAUCCCCACUCCAAGAUUUAUGAUUAUACAUAUGGCUACUCAAUGAACUACUACCAACCCAUGAUCGAUUAUUUGGAUCGUCGAGAUUCAUCAAAUAAUGAAAAUCAUCAGUUACCUCACUUACCGUGGACGAAUGAGCGUUACAUUAAGGAAUACGAUCCGAAAAAACCAUUAAAAUUGUAUAGCGAUCAAAAAGCUAAGAAAAUUGCGAUAAAAUCACAAGAAAGUGCUUUGAAAAAUAUCAAUAAUUUUGACGUGAAAAGUUCAUACUUUAGUGCAAUUCCAACUGCUGACGCAACUAAAUUGCUAAGAAAUUUACCAAAAACUAGUGCAUUAGACGCAGUGUAUAAGAAAGACGUUGGAAAAAUUAUAAAAGAUAUUAAAAAUUUAGAAAUGGAUGCCUAUUAUCGUUAUAAAGAUGGCGAACGUAAAAUGCUCGAAGAAGAUCGCGAAAAUUUCACUUUAGAAAUGAAAAGAGCAAUUCGAGGCAAAUCAGCUAAUCAAAUUCGUAAUAUUUUAUUAGCAGAUAGUUUGAAAAAAAUUAAAGAUACGACAGAUAGUGACGCAAAAAUUUUUAGAGAAUGUUAUGCAACAUCGCGAACAAGAAGAGCUGCUCGUUCUCUUAGUGAACAGCGUCCAAAUCAUUAUGGAUGUGACUGUGGUGGUCAAUGCUCAUCAUGCAAUGUCAAUCCAUGUCAAGCAGUUUCAUAUUCAUUGCAGAAUAUGAAAAAGGAAUUGAAUACUUAUACGCACAAAACUGAAGAAUUUCUCAGCGAUGCAAGGUACAGAUUACAUUCAAUUCAUAAAACUUUGAGAGAAUCUGAAGAUUUCUUUAAUAAUCGCCAGCUUGAAAGAAAAAAGGCAAAAUAAAAUCUUUUUUCAAUAAAAUUGCAAGCUGAAGAAUUUUAAUUGGAUUUGUAAUACUUUAAAAAAAAUAAUUAAUGAUGACUUCCAAAAAUAAAGAAUCUAUUUAAACUCAC